CGAAUAUCGGUCUCUACUGUUUGGCGGAGCAGGGCAGUAGGGCGCUAGAAGAUGGGCUGUUAAAAGUUUUCUAACUUAGCACCAACUUUCUUUAGGAAAAAAAACAUAUAACGAAUUGUAGCAAUGGCAGAAUACUUUUCUUCUUCGUCCGAUAGUGAGUUUCACAAUGAAAAUGGAGAAGAUUUAUCGUACGGACACCUCGAAACUAUCCCAGAUUUUGUUCUUACCAGAGCAGGUGAGCUGAUAGCUCUGCAGCUCAACAACAAUGAGAUUCGCCGUCUGCCAGAGACCAUCGGGUUGUUCUCAAAAUUAAUUACCGUGGAUGUUUCGAAUAACAACAUGAAAUCUAUUUGUGAUGAAGUGUGCCAGCUAAAGCAUAUUAGAACGUUUAUUGCUAAGAACAACCAGCUCACUUCCAAUUCAUUACCUAAGGAUUUCGGAAUUAUACAGACCCUGGAGGUUCUUAAUUUGAGUGGAAAUCUGUUGUCAACGAUUCCACCACAAAUUACAGAAUUAGAAAGGUUGCGAUGCCUGUAUUUAGGAAGCAACAGAUUGACAGAAGUGUCAACCAGUGUAAAGAACUUGCAAAGGUUGGAAGUUCUGUACCUAGGGGGAAAUUGUCUGUCAGAGAUUCCAGCUGAAGUAGGACAGCUCCAUCGUCUAGUGGGCCUAAACCUCUCCGACAACCUCCUGCAAAGCCUGCCCCCUACCCUGUCAUCACUGCAGCGCCUACAGUCACUAAACCUACACAACAAUAACUUACAGACCCUGCCACCCCAGAUUGUCUCCCUUAAUCUGGUAGAACUGAGCUUGCGGAAGAAUCCACUUGUGAACCGCUUUGUGCAGGAUUUGCAGUACAAUCCACCUUCUUUGCUGGAGCUAGCAGGACGCUGUGUCAAGAUUGAGAAAAUCAGGUACUCGUAUGAGGACCUUCCUGUCCACCUUGUUCGCUAUCUUGAUUCUGCUCAGCGUUGUGUUAAUCCUAACUGCAAAGGAGUGUAUUUCACUUCCCGUGUGGAGCAUGUCAAGUUUGUGGACUUCUGUGGGAAGUAUCGCCUUCCUUUGCUACAGUACCUCUGUUCACCACAGUGCACCACAGCCGAUCCCAGUGUUUGCGGUAGUGACAGUGAAGUUGAGGAGGAGGACAAUGCAAAAGAAAGAAUGCGUCGUGUUCUCCUUGGCUAAAGCAAUGUGUGGUUUUGUGACUAGCAUAUAGAGGUUAACCUCAUGGUCUGUGCUUGCUUUGGAAUUAUAUUUGGGCUCACGUAAGUGUAUAGCAAACGUGCUCCCUGACAAGAGUUUCCACUGGCUUUAUGUUUAUUUUUUUUUUUUUAAGGACUGUAACAUAUGUUUUAGAUGAAGACUUAAA